CAAAACUUAGCUUCCAAUUAUUUAUACCAAAUUAAGCUUUCCUUUUUCGUUCUUCCCCUCGAUCAUUUUUAUCAGUAACCUCAUCAUGGCUUCGACAAUCAAAAUUUUCGCAAUUUUUUCAAUUAUUUCCCUUUUUGCAUGCGUUACUAAUGCCCAACUCACGCCUUUUUUUUAUUCAACAACAUGCCGUAAUCUUCAAGGUAUAGUACGCAAUGCGAUGAGACAAGCUUUAUCCAGAGAACCACGUAUUGGGGCGUCUAUAGUUCGAUUGUUCUUUCACGAUUGUUUUGUAAAUGGUUGCGAUGCAUCUGUACUUCUAGAUGAUACGACUUCCUUUACCGGAGAAAAGAAUGCAUUCCCUAAUCAAAACUCCAUUAGAGGUUUCGACGUUAUUGAUACUAUAAAAACAAAUGUUGAAGCGGCUUGUAAUGGAACAGUUUCGUGCGCAGACAUCUUAGCACUUGCUGCUCAAGAAGGGGUGGCACUGUUAGGAGGCCCUUCCUGGCCAGUACCAUUAGGAAGAAAAGACGCAAGAACAGCAAGCCAAAGUGCAGCCAACACCAACCUCCCACCACCCUCGGCAAGCCUCAGUACCUUGAUCUCCUUAUUCGCCGCCCAAGGCCUAAAUGCUCGAGACAUGACCGCCCUAUCCGGGGCCCACACUAUCGGCCAGGCUCAAUGCUCCAGUUUCCGGUCCCACAUCUACAACGAUACCAAUAUAGCCCCCAACUUCGCCACCACCCGUAAAGCAACAUGUCCCGGCCCCGCCUCCGGUACCGGCGACAACAACCUAGCUCCCCUUGACAUCUUUUCGCCAAACCGUUUCGACAAUGCUUACUUCCAAAACCUCGUGACUAACCGUGGGCUUCUUCACUCUGAUCAAGAGUUGUUCAAUGGUGGAUCACAAGAUGGGUUGGUUAGGUUGUAUAGUAACAAUUUCCGGGCUUUUUUUAAUGAUUUUGCAAAUGCAAUGAUUAAAAUGGGGAAUAUAAGUCCACUUACUGGAUCAAAUGGAGAGAUUAGGAAAAAUUGUAGGAUUAUCAAUUAAUUAGAUCGAUCAUUUUGUAAUUGCCUAAUGCAUGGGGGUUCCAAAAGGGACCUAUAUUUGUAUACGUAGGAUGUUUAUGUUUACAAUUUGUAGCCUAAAGAUAUGUACUUAUACGUACGUGGUUGUAUGCAAUUAUACGUGCUCAUCAAAUGAGACACAUAAUAUUCCUAAUAAAUUGGAACUACUUAUGUGAAAAA